AUGACAGACAAUAUUCGGGGAAAUGAGCUUAGCGAGCAAAACCUCAAGGAGCUGAACAAGGCAAUCGAUGCGGAAGCAGAGAGCCAUGGUUUCGAACAGACCAAAACCGACUCAGGCACUGCCUCCUUCGUUAAGGAACGGAAGGGAACGUUUGAGACUAUCGGUGAGAUCGAAGAGGAACAAAUUCCAAAACUGAAUCUCGAGAGAGAACGUGAAUUACACGUGCGACGAUCCUAUGCUGCCUUUUGUGAAGACUUCACUCUAUCGGGUUCUCUGGGCCCGAAGCGGAUAUUUCAUAUGACCAUGGGAAUGGACGAUCGCAUAGAGGACACAGAGCAAAUGGAAAGCUCUACCAGAGAUUCUAUAUUAGAAUCCCGACCAAGCUAUGGUGAAGCACGACAAAAAUCUUUGGAGCCCGUCUUACCACAUACAGAAAGGAGAUCAAAUACAACGGAGCCGUCAAAAAAUACCCUGGAUGAAGACCACGAAGACCUGAAGUCUCAAAUACUACCUACAACCUAUCCUCACCCACCUUCUGCGAUCAUGACGCCCGCUGUCUACAAGGAGAUGCAACGCGCAGCUCGAGAAAGGAAGCGUGCCCGAAAACAGAAGCUCUUGGGGCCCUUUCGGGCAUUGUUCCUGAAGGUACAGCCUUUGCGAACGGAGGUGUGA